AUGGCCGUGAACUCCAUCUACUACUCGAGAGACGAAGUGAACGCCUUCUGGGUGACAGUGCAACGGACUGAGGCGGCAGAGCGAUGCGAGCUGCGUGGCACCUACGUGCUCAAGGCUGAGCGUGACAGUCUCGUCCUGAAGGACCCACGGACAAAUGAGAUCCUCUAUGUCUGGCCCUACCGGCUGCUCCGGAGAUACGGCCGGGAUAAGGUGAUGUUCUCCUUCGAAGCUGGCAGGCGCUGCAACUCCGGCCCAGGGAACUUCACCUUUGAGACCAAGCAGGGCAACGAGAUCUUCCGCCUGGUGGAAGCCUCCAUCCGGGAGCAGAAAGCGCAGGUGGAGGAGAACCGGCAAAGCUGUGACUCGCUGGAGUCGGACAGCCCCAGCGUGGGGCUGAUCCGCCAGGCCCUGGCCGACUCUCUGACCCUGGAGCCGCGGCCCACGGGCGAUGCCUGGCGCACCCAGGGCCAUGACGGCAGGGGCGGCUACGAGUAUCCCUACAACCCCAGCACUGACGACUACUCGGUACCUGCCUUCCAGGCCAAGGCCAAGGGCCCCAAGCCACUGCCUGCCCCCAAGCCCCAGGUGGCCUUUAUCCCUAAAGGCGGCGAGAGGAGCGGGGACCCCGGCCGGCGGCAGGGGAACCCCGCUCCUGAGAAGGUGGUCGUCAAGCCCAGCCUCAACAGCAGCAACAACAACAACAACGUGGAGGUGCUGUACAGCCGGGUGGUGAAGCCCCAGCACGUGCAGAAGAAGGAGCAGUCUGUGGAUGAGUGUAGCUUGUCGCCUGUCUAUGAGGACCUAGGAGAGAUAUAG